UUUCUAAAUUAUUUAGAUUUUGUAUAAUUACUUACAUACUGACAUAUGCUAUAGCUUUAUUCUGGGGUAGGUAGCUACUGAGCUAGGAAAUGUUUUCGAAUCGCCAUUCAGGGCAUACUCGUAACAGAAGAAAUGAUAGGACAAACACAUUUGGUGAUAACCUUGGAAGAAGAUUAGGUGGAAAGCACAAAAACAUGAACAUAAUAUCUGCAAUACUAGGAACAGCAACAUUAGUAAUGCUUUGUGCGAGCCUCGUAGAACCUAAAUGGUUUGCUUUAGAAGGAGGUGAAUGUUGUCUUUCAUAUUUGGGAAUUAGUCUGUUUUUUGGGAAAUUCAGCAUGGAAGAUGCUCAAUCUAUACCGCUUGAUGAAUCCUGCAAGGAAGGGUCAUCGGUGGAUAUGGCAAUGUGUGUUAAUUCAAAAGCUUUAAUGCUAAUUCACGUUAUCAUUGCUUUUUGUUUCUUUGCAAUUAUUUCAAGUUUAUUUUCUUUUGUAUUGGAUGUUCUCUCACCAAGGAAAAAUCCAUUAUGGAAAGCGUUAAAAAGAUAUGCAAUUGGAUACAUAUUUUGCGUAUUAAACACAGCAACAACAGUAGGCUUUGCAUAUUGGGCUUCACAAGAAAUCUACAACUUACAGUUUGAUCAUAAGCAAUACCCUGGAAGCAAGGCUGAAGUAAUGUUUGGUACUGGUGUCUACCUUGUGACUGCAGCCGGUGGACUUGCAAUUCUUGCUACUGCUUCAAAUUUAAUGCGCCAAUACCCAACUGAGGAAGAGGAACAAGCUGAACUAUUACUUGAUGCAAUGGAAGAAAUGGACGAUGAUGGCAAUGUAACCAGUGCAUCAUGUAAUCUAGGUUAUGAGCCUAAUCCACCACCACCUUAUGUACCUUAGCGACUGAUCAGUUGCGAUUUUUUUAUUUGUAUUUGCUUCUGAACAAAAGCCCAAACUGCAAUGUUCACUCAGCAAACUAUUAAUUACCGUAGUAAUAUUACAAAUUAAUAACCAUGUUUAUGAAGAAAAAAGCAUAGAUAAUGGGAUAUGUCUAUUUUACCAAUAAAAAUAUUAGUUUUACUUUGAAUUUGUGACAAUCCCUUUGGUAGCAAUAAUUUUUAAACAGUAAGUACAGUUGGAGACUUUAUUGUUAAACUAAAAAUGGUUGUAGUCUUAUUGGUAUCUCCAUUCUGUCAAAUCUUGAGAUCCACAGAUAAUAUGAUAGCCAUAUAAUUUCAACUUGAGUAUCAGAAGCAACAUUUGUCUGAAACAGUUAUCUUGAAUAAAUGUAAGACAAAAGUGUGGUUUAUGUUAAGUUCUUUCAUCACAUAGUAGGUCUUUAUACUUUGCCUUUAUUUUCUAAUAUUUCACUGCUUCUAAUCAAAAAUACCCAUUCAUGUUCUUGUGUUGUCCUAAUAUUUUUACAGUAUUGAACGUUUGUCGUGUGCAAUUUUGUUGCUAUCGUGUCUGUUUUUUAUAGCUUGUUACAUUAUAUAUGCGCAUCAUUCUGUAUUCAA